AUGAAGAGGAUAUUUGGGGACAUUCAACUCCGCUACACUCUUCAAAAACUUCUGGCAUCAUUGCUCGGGACCAAUGCAAAAUAUUGCCCAGAAUGUUCCCAUCUCCUCUCUACGACACUCCCUUCGACUCUCUCCCCAGCCCACGCCUGGUCUGGGUCGGCGAACCAGGCAGCGAAGAAGGAGGAGAAGAAGCAGAAGCAGAAGCAGAAGCAGAAGCAGAAGAAGAAGAAGAAGAAGAAGAAGAAGAAGAAGAAGAAGAAGAAGAAGAAGAAGAAGAAGAAGAAGAAGAAGAAGAAGAAGAAGAAGAAGCCGGUCAAUCUAAAUCAAGAUUUUGACUAUGGGAUAAAUUCAAAAUGCGGGCAUUCAUUGGAGGAAGAACUCAUCCGGCACUGA